AACGAUCAAAAUACAGAAUCGUAUCGGCACAGUUUGCAAACAGUGCAGCACGCACAGCCGUUGCCGCGAAUUUUCAAUAAAUAACGAUCAAUCGAUUAAAACAAGAGUCGAAGAUGCGCUCCUACACCAUCACUUUGCUCGUGUUCGGAAUAAUGGCUGUGGCUUUGGCAUCGCCGGUGCCGGGGGGUCAUCAUCAUGAACAUCAUGUGAUCCACGUGCCUUACCAUGUGCACACGGUCCAUCAUCAUCACACGAAAAAGAUCCACGUGCCCGUACAUCACGUCGAGAAAGUGUCCGUUCCCGUUCCGUAUCCAGUGCAUCACGUCGAAAAAGUACCAGUUCCAGUACCUGUUCACCAUGUCGAAAAAGUAGCCGUACCUUUCCCAGUUGUACAUAAGGUUCCCGUCCCUGUACCCAUACAUGAGGAGAAGUUACAUCAUGGCUGGCUUUAAAUGGAACCCAUUGUCUUCAAUUCCAAUUAUGUUACAGGUUACCGUACAAGGUGGAAUCCGAGUAAGUAAAAGCUAAUAAAAUUCAUUCCCCAUUGUGGAUCCAUUGAUAAGAAGUUUUCUUGUAGAAUACAAAAGAGGACGAAACUGAUCAGUACAAAAUUACUCGCGCCACCAGUACAGCAUUAAGGAUUUAGCGUAAGAACCAAAUACUCUGUAUGCACGCGUGUGUACUCAGAAGCGAAAUACUUGUAUAUACUUUACUUCACGUUACACUUUUUUAUUAUU